ACCAUGGUGCCUGAAGAAAAUAUUUAUUCACCUUAAAGUAUAAACUACUUGCAUUAAGAAAAAAGCGAUUUCUUUAGACCGAGAUGACCUGUUAAAGAGAGAGAAGAAAACGGUUCCAGGUUUUCCCCCCCUUUUGUGUUCGUUCUGAAGCCCCAGAAUGGAGUUUGUGCUCAUGGAGAAUGACAUCCUAGAAUCGCUGGAAGAUCUAGGUUACAAAGGCCCAUUGUUAGAAGACGGAGCUCUGACCCAGGCUGUUUCUGUUGGGGCCAGUUCCCCUGAAUAUACCAAACUCUGUGCUUGGCUAGUGUCAGAGUUAAGGUUGUUUUGCAAACUGGAUGAAAACGUACAAGCCACUAACAGUGCCAGUGAAGCAGAUGAGUUCCAGCUUGAAAUGAGUGGGCUACUGGGUGAAAUGAACUGCCCAUAUACAAUGCUAACAUCGGGAGACGUCACCAAGCGCCUUCUCAAUCAGAAAAACUGCCUCCUGCUGCUCACAUACCUCAUCUCAGAAUUGGAAGCUGCCAGAAUGCUGUGUGUGAAUGCUGCUCCUAAAAAAGCCCAGGAAGGUGGUGGUAGUGAAGUCUUUCAGGAGCUGAAAGGGAUAUGUAUUGCUUUAGGCAUGUCCAAGCCUCCAGCUAACAUAACUAUGUUUCAGUUCUUCAGUGGAAUAGAAAAAAAGUUAAAAGAAACAUUAGCAAAGGUUCCUGCAAAUCAUGUAGGAAAACCUUUACUGUCAAAACCACUGGGUCCAGUUCAUUGGGAAAAAAUAGAAGCUAUUAAUCAAGCCAUAGCCAAUGAAUAUGAAGUCCGGCGGAAAUUAUUAGUGAAGCGUCUGGAUGUGACUGUCCAAUCGUUUGGCUGGUCAGAUCGGGCAAAGAGCCAAACAGAGAAAUUGGCUAAAGUCUAUCAGCCAAAGCGUGCCAUCUUAACUACCAAAUGCGCUAUAUCUGUUGCUCACCUCUUGGCUGCUCGGCAAGACUUGUCAAAGAUUAUGAGGACUAGCAGUGGAUCUAUCAGAGAAAAGACUGUGUGUGCCAUUAAUAAGGUGUUAAUGGGCCGAGUGCCUGAUAGAGGUGGCAGACCCAAUGAAAUUGAGCCGCCGCCUCCUGAAAUGCCACCGUGGCAAAAAAGGCAAGAUGGUCCUCAACAGCAGAGCGGUGGAGGCAGAGGUGGAAGAGGUGGCUACGACUCAUCAUAUGGAGGCCGUGGAGGUUAUGAACAAGGGGGUCAUGACAGAGGAGGCCGAGGAGGAUAUGACCAAGGAGGUUAUGACAGAGGAGGCCGAGGAGGGUAUGACUCAUCAUAUGGAGGCCGUGGAGGUCAUGAACAUGGGGAUCAUGAACGAGGAGGGCGAGGACGUGGUGGUUAUGACUAUGGAGGCAGAGGGGGAGGCAGAGGGGCCAAACCUCAAGGAGGCUGGACUGAUGGUGGAGGAAGUGGCUAUCAAGAUGUCAACUAUAGAGAUAGUAACUACAGAGACGCAGGCUUUCAAACUGGUGGUUAUCAUGGUGGUGGUGGUGGCGGUGGCGGCGGCAGCAGCAGCUAUCAAGGAGGUAGCUAUGGUGGUUACCAAUCUUCAUAUUCAGGAAGUGGAUAUCAAGGUGGUAGUGGUGGCAGCUACCAGCAAGACAACAGAUACCAAGAUGGGCACUCCAGUGAUCGAGGUGGAGGCCGUGGAGGAGGGCGAGGAGGUCGUGGUGGCCGUGGUGGCCGUGGUGGGCAAGGAGGUGGCUGGGGAGGAAGAGGUGCACAGAACUUUAAUCAAGGGGGGCAAUUUGAGCAGCACUUCCAACAUGGGGGUUAUCAGUACAAUCAAUCUGGAUUUGGACAAGGAAGACACUUCACAAGCUGAGGCUACAAAAGCUUCCAUUUUGACAGAGCUCAUGUAAUAGAAGUCUGUUAUGAUUUUCUUUUUGAAUUAGUACCAGACCAUACAUGUCAAGCUGCUUUUGGAAAAUUAUCUUUGCUUUUGAGUACGUGUGAAGGUGCAGAUAGUCUGAUGCUGCCUAAAAUAUAAAUGCAGCUUUUCUUCUCCAGGACACCCAGAACUUUAAAA